AUGGGACGGAAAAUGACGGUGCCGGAAGUCUGCAGCAUGAAGGAAAAAGGCGAGAAGAUCGUCUGCCUCACGGCCUAUGACUAUUGUCUCGCCCGCAUUCUGGACGAAUCCGGUAUCGAUAUCCUUCUGGUUGGCGACUCACUGGGGUCGGUGGUGCAGGGACACGACAGCACGCUGCCCGUCACGGUUGACGAUGUCAUCUACCACACCAAGGCGGUGGUACGCGGACGCCGGCGUGCCCUGGUGGUGUCGGACAUGCCCUUCAUGACGUUCCAGUUGGGAGUGGACGAAGCCAAGCGCAACGCCGGCAGGCUGGUCCAGGAAGGGGGCGCCGAGUCCGUCAAGCUGGAAGGCGGCGUGACCCAGGCCGCCACCAUCGAGGGGCUGGUGAAGAUGGGCGUGCCGGUCAUGGGCCACGUGGGCCUCACCCCCCAGUCGGUGCAUCAGUUCGGCGGCUACCGGAUUCAGGGUCGCGGCGAGGCCGACGCCCGGGCCAUCCUCGACGACGCCAUGGCGGUGGAGCAAGCGGGCGCCUUCGCGGUGGUGCUGGAAGGCAUGCCCGUGCAACUGGCCCGGGAGAUCACCCAGCGCGUGUCCAUUCCCACCAUCGGCAUCGGCGCCGGCAUGCACUGCGACGGACAGAUCCUGGUGGUCCACGACAUGCUGGGACUGUUCGACGACUUCACGCCGAAGUUCGUCAAGCGCUACGCCAAUCUGAAGGAGACCAUCGGCGGCGCGGUCCGGAGCUACAUGGAAGAGGUGCGGACAGAGGCCUUCCCGGCGGAGGAGCACACGUUCCAUUGA